GGUUUCCGGUAUGGAUCGGGCAGUGACAGGGCGCCAGUAGCGUUAGCCUGUUAUUGACCUUGUUGCGGCUGGCUGUGUAGCCGAUGAGUGUGGCACAUUGUUACAGCAGCAAUGUCUUCAGUUGGUGGGUGGAGGAGCGUCAUUGGCGUGAGGCUGGAUGGAGCAUUUGAGGGAAUCUUCACAGAGUUUGAAAGUAAAAUGGAGCAGUGUGAGACAGAAGUGGAGCAUCAGCGCAGACUGCUGGAAACCAUCCGGAACCCCGAAAUAAAGCUGCACAGAAUAGACCAACGCUGUAUCUGUACAAAGAAGGAGGAGGAAGAGGAAAUCUCUAUCCAGGAGAAGAAUGCCAGUCUGGAUCCGGAGGAUCAGAAACCUUCACUGAUUAAAGAGGAGCAGGAGGAGCUGUGCAUUAGUGAGGAAGGAGAGCAGCUUGUGCUAAAGCAGGAAAGUGAUGCCUUCAUGGUGACUCCUGUUUGUGAUGGCAGUGCCGAACUUCUGUCCUGUUCUGUACCUGAGACUCGAGAACGGGAAGGAGUCAAAUGUGAAAACACAGGAAUGCCCUUAAAAACGGAGCCAAAACCAAAGAAGGUCUGUAACAACACAGAUGAAAACACACAAGUCUGCAGGAAUAGUUUACAAAUAAAAGAACUGUGUGGUACUACUAAUAAUAUAGAUGAGAAGCUUUACUCCUGCAGCUCCUGCGCGGAGACAUUUGAACAUGAAUCGACGCUUAAAAAUCACCUACAAAUCCACGCAGACGAUGAGCCGUAUUCCUGCAUGACAUGUGGGAAGGUUUUCAGCUACAGCGCUUCCUUCAAGCUCCACUUGAAAGUCCACACGGAUGAGAGGCCGUACUUCUGUGAGAAGUGCGGCAAAACGUUCAGAAGAAGCGAUAAGCUGCGGCUGCACAUGAGAACGCACACGGGGGAAAAGCCGUACCUCUGCAUCACCUGCGGAAAAAGCUUUAACGACCCGUCGGCGUUCAGGAGGCACAUGGCCAUACACACCGGCGAGAAGCGGCAUUCUUGCAAAACCUGCGGCAAACGUUUUACCCACAGCAACAGCUUUCUCUGCCACAUGAGAACCCACACGGGUGAGAGGCCUUACCUCUGCACCACCUGCGGGAAUAGAUUUAUCAACGCCUCAAAGCUUAAAAGGCACAUGAGGACACACACAGAUGAGAAGCCUCACGUCUGUAACACCUGCGGGAAGAGGUUCAUUCGCCUUUCCAGGUUGAGGAGUCACACGAGGAUUCACACGGGCGAGAAGCCGUACUCAUGCCAAAUAUGCCAGAAGGACUUCGCUUACACCACUUCCUUGAAGGUCCACAUGAGAGUCCACACAGGCGAGAAGCCGUACGUUUGUGAGAAAUGUGGGGAUAGUUUCAGUCAGGCGGGGAGCCUAACCUCCCACAUGAGAAGUCACGCAGGUGAAAAAAAGUCCUGAAACACCUGUGAGGAGAAAAUAUGAGCGGAAAUGAGUUGAUUAGGUUUUGGUUUAAAGAGGGUUGUGUAACUUUACUGUGCGUUAUACUGUACUGUGCGUUAUACUGUACAUGAUGAGUCUGCCAUUAGAUUCAAGUCUAAUGUUGUGUUAAUGUGGUGCGUCAGCGGUAAUGCUCCAAGUGAUCGAGUUGCACUGCGGGACGCAGCAGAGGACAACAAAAAAAAAUGGCUUCAAGGUCAGAAAAUUGAAGCCUGCAGUCUUUUUAAUGACCAGCAGGAGGCGAGUCCUCUGGGUUGUAUGGAAUUUAUUGAUUUAUGAUCUCAGUGAACGCUUUCCUGUUCGUUUCUGGACUCAAACGCUGGUUUUAGGUCAUAUUUCAUAAAAUUUUGUAAAUUAUGCUCUGUAAUAAAGGCAGAUGAGGAUUAAUAGAGUAUAUGUACUGUCUGAAAUCCUGGUCAGAAGCUCCCCCACUUGUUUCAACACCAAGAUGGUGAAAAACGGCUUGAGGCUUUGUGACAUGAUGUCAUGGUGGAUACAUCCAUCUUUUAGAUGCAGUUUGUGGAGGCAUCUUUUUAAUGAUGAAAUCCUUAAAAUCUGAGAAUUCACCAGCACUUCUGAAGCAUUUCAUCUCUAAUUGUGAUAUAUGUAUGCGGGAUUAUGUGUUAGUCUCUCGUGUAUAUUAGAGGACUACAGACUUGUUUUUAAUAAAUAAUAUAAGAUGGGAAGGAGUGAUGAAAUGAGAGGCUGGCUGACUCUUGUGGUUCAUCUGAAUCAGUUGAAAUCUGAAAAAUCGACCCUGCCAGUUUUUGGGGUUUUUUCUAUUUUUAAAGGAUUUUUUUUUUGUAAACAAAAAAAUGUAGUCUCAAAGAGUGUA